AAGAAGAAAGCAAGGUGUAUGUGAAGGAAGACGAGGAAAGAGAGAAAUGGGGAGAGGGUGCGCUGUGCUGAGCCACGACAGUAACAGUCUCCAUUCCCAGGAAGAGAUGAAAUGGACUAGUGACAUUGGAUCUAAUCCAUUCAAUCGGAAAGUUAGCACACAAACUAAAAGAUUAACAUAAUUUAUCUCUCACCACAGCUCUGUAAGAAAAAACCCCCCACAAUCACCUUUCGAUGUGCAGUGCAUGACUCUAAGUACAGGUGAUAUUUAUCUUCUGGUCUACGCCAGAAAAACCGGCUUUCAACAAUACCAUACUCAAACCCAGUAUGCCCGGGGAUCACCACCACGAUCAUGGCAGUCAUUGUCAUGGAGAAGAUGGACAUGAUCAUUCAAAUGAUAUCACCCCAGCUCUCCAAUCCCUCCUCUAUUCCCAAAUCCAGUUUGAUUCGAUCGUUACGCUAAAUGAAGCAACCCCCAACGCCGGCGCCGCGAUUGUCCAGAAAACAUGGGCCGAAAGACUAAAUGACCAACCGGAGCUUGAAAGUGAUGCAGACGAGCAACUGCUUAUGUAUAUCCCCUUCACUGGCCAAGUAAAGGUUCAUUCUUUAAUCAUUUACACGGCUCCGACACCGGCCGCCCCGAAGACUCUGAAAUUGUUCAAGAACCGUGACGAUCUAGAUUUUGCGACUGCUUCAGAGCUGAAGCCAACACAGUCAGUGGAGAUCCCGCAGCCAGUUCCCGGAGCCGAUGUCUUCGAUUUGCCAUUGAACCGCGCUCACUGGAAUGCUACUACCUCCAUUACAUUGUUCUUUGAGGACAACUGGAGCGAUGGGAAUGAGGAUGUGACUAAGGUUGGUUAUGUUGGGUUCAAGGGUCAAUUUAUGGCCUUGAAUAGGGAGCCUGUCAGCUUUCUCUAUGAAGCAGCAGCCAAUCCCAGUGACCACGUCGCAAUUCAAGGCGUCACUGGCGUGGGAGGUAGGAUCAUGCCCGGCCAGUGAGUCACGUAUGCACAUUGUAUGCACAUUGUAUGCUUCUAGAGAGCCACCGCCUCAAGCCAGGGAGUAUGUGUCAUAGAUGAUGGCCGACUA